AUGGCUUCACCCUCAGAGUUCCUGACCUUCUACCGUCGCACUGCCCGCCUUAGCACCCUAAGACAGUCUCGCAUCGUACCAGCCUCUCCUCGCCGCACCUUCGUUUCGUCAACAUGCCGUUACAGCAGCGGCGGCAAGCUCAGCACCGAUGACAGCGUCGCAAACGAAGCCUAUCCCGACAGCAAGCAUGCCACCGACAAGAAGGACAGACUUGACGUUCAGAGCGACAAUGCCGCAAAGGGCCAAGAGUCGAAGAGCCGUGGUGAGGGUGGUACCGCUACUCAGCGCAGGGACACCAACAACAGCACCGCAAAGGCCAAGCAAGAGAACCCCGAGGCCCCUGAUGUUGUCAUCGGUAUGCAGGACGAGAGAGGUGGAAAGGGUGCCUAA